ACAACCACAAGCAGGCAGCGAGCAUGGCUGGAAACACGAGCGAAGAGGAAACGCAGGCCAGCCAGGUUUCAUCCAGAUGCACCAAAUAUAACCCCGGCGAGUGCUGUUUUGUUUACAGACAGACGCUACCUGCUUGCGUUGUGCUAUAAGGCCACGGUGACCUCUGACCCCUGCAGAAAGCUGUCUAGAAAGCGCAGCUUCACGCACACACGUAGGCUUUGAUGGCUGAAGUGGUCAGCUGCAGGUGACAGCGGACAGAAGGACACGGGUGGUUUCUGACAUUGGAGGGUGAAGUUUGUCCACUGUCACUGGUUGCUUCUUUCUGCCCAUAACUGGUCACACAUUGCACCAGGCUGCCACACGACCAUGGCUCUCACCGACCUCCUAGCAGCUUCAGACAUCACUUCUGCAAUUAACGCGUGUAAAGCAAAGGAUUCCUUUAGCCCGAAGACGUUUUUCAAAACGGUGGGUUUAUCCAAGAAAAGUCCAACAGAAAUUGAGAGGGUCUUUCAGACUUUGGACCAGGACAAAAGUGGCUACAUAGAACAGGAUGAGCUACAGCUGUUCCUGCAGAACUUCUCCAAGGGAGCGAGGCCGCUUACUGCAGCCGAGACCAGAGCCUUCCUCCUGGAGGGAGACUCAGAUGGCGACGGGAAGAUCGGCUGGGAAGAGUUUUCUGCACUGGUCAAGUCUGCGUGAUCCCUAAGUGCCUUGAGAAAAUCUCAGGAGUGGAUAACUUUUUAUGAUGCUUGUAUGUGUUUAGACUAAUAUCUGUUUUACUUUUAAUGAAACGUAAUAAAACAAGUCUUGCCUCUCU